AUGUCGGGCGGCCAACAGUCGUACCAGCUCUCCGAGUACCUGGAGAAGUUGCCAGGGACGACCUUCCGCAAGCUCUACCAGCAGCCGUCGACCGCCUUUGCCAUCUUCCGCCGCAUGCUACCUCCCCUAGCCAAGGUCUUUGUCCAGGCUCUUCUCUACAUGCCAUCGCCCCUGCUCCUCGCCGAACUCGAUGUCUGGGUACGCGCCGAGGGCAAGAUGCAGCGCGACCGCGCCCUCUCGAUUCUCCGAUCGCUGCAUAUCAUCCAAAUUACCCCGCCCGGGAAGGACAAGCCGCAGGAGAUGCAGCUCACGACUAAUUUCAAAAACAGUCUGCGCCUGGCCCUCGAGGGAGGCGGUUCCCACAACAGCUUCGGCGUGCCGAGUACCCUGCCGGUCGCCCCCCGGAUCGACAUCGCCCACCUCGAUGGUUACGCCCGAAAGAAAUGGGAGGAUAUCUUGCACUACGUAGUAAAUAGUGUGCCGGCGCAAAGCGAAGGAGGAGGCGGUGUUUCGGGCGGUGGCCCCAAGACUAGUGUGAAGGAGCUUCUGCUGAUCGGCAGGCUGGUCGAGCGCAGGCAUGACACCCAGGCGGGCGUUGGGAUUACACAGGCCGGUUUCACCUUUCUACUCCAGGAAGCGAACGCUCAGGUUUGGACGCUCCUCCUCCUCUGGCUUGAAGCGGCCGACCGCGCCAAAGGAGAGGCCAAAGGGGCAGCGAACACCGACAGUAUCGACAUGUUGUCGUUCCUUUUCAUGCUGGCGUCACUCGAGCUUGGGCGCGCCUAUAAUACAGGCGCUCUCACCGAGACCCGCCGCAAUAUGCUUCCCCACCUCGUCGACUUUGGCUUGAUUUUUAUCCCGCGCGAAGACACGCGACAGUACUUCCCCACCCGCCUGGCCACCACCCUGACCAGCUCCGCCUCGUCCCUCCGCUCCGUCUCGUCCGGCUUCAACGCCGCGACGGCGAACAACCCCGGCGACACCUCCAGCCUGGGGACAACCCCGGAGACCUCGGCCGCCAGCAAGGGCUCCGUCAUUAUCGAGACGAACUACCGUCUAUACGCCUACACCUCGUCACCCCUCCAGAUUGCCGUCCUGGGCCUCUUCACGCAGCUCAACAUGCGGUUCGCCGGUAUGGCCACGGGCCGCCUGACGCGUGAUUCGAUCCGCCGCGCCAUCGGGUUCGGCAUCACGGCCGACCAGAUCAUCAGCUACCUGGCGUCGCACGCCCACGACCAGAUGGUGCGCGCCGCCGCGGCCACCGGCCGGCCCGUGCUGCCGCCGACCGUGGUGGACCAGAUCCGGCUGUGGCAGCUCGAGAACGAGCGUAUGCGCACGUCGGCCGGUUUCCUGUUCAAGGACUUUGACUCGCUCGAAGAGUAUGUCUCCCUGAGCAGCUACGCCGACGAGGUUGGUGUGUUGGUAUGGCGGAGCGACAAGAAGAGGAUGUUUUAUGCCAGCAAGAUUGAGCAGCUGAGGGACUACCUUAAGAGCCGGAAGAAGGCCGAGUGA